UUCUUCAUCAUCUUCUUCUUCUGCAAAUCCAGCGUAUUCAUAGCGAUGAAUAGGAUUUUCAUCAGCAACUCUUUGCUUCCCAAAAGCAUUCGAGCUUAUAAUGUUGUUGCGGCGGAAAGGUCAUGUACGACAGAGGCGACAUCAACCCCGAUAAAAUUAGCGGCGGAGGCAAUUCUGGGCUCCGCCGCAGAAGAGAAAGAGCACACAAAUUACUGGAUGAGAGAUCCAAAGACAGGAAAUUGGAUGCCGGAGAACAGAAUCAGCAAAGUGGAAGUUGAUCCAGCAAUGCUCCGGGCUAAGUUCCUCCCCUCCAAGAAAUAGAAAUAUAUGCAGAUUUAGCGAUCUAAGUGACUUCUUAAUGUUCAAUAUUCUCUGAGUAUAAAUAUGUACUCUUUCUUAGCUUCAAGUGGAUGUAUUUUGGAUAUAACGAUAAUUUGACUUUAAAUAAAAGGAAUAAAAUAUUUA